AUGAACAAGUUCUUCGCCUCACUCUUCUUCCUCCUCCUCCUCAGUAUCAACUCGGCCUUUGCUAUCAUAGGCAGCAUCGAAGCACCCAAGAACAUCCUCCGCCCAGGCCAUACGUUCACUGUGACGUUCCUAACCCACCCGCACAUCAUCCAAAACGCUCAGUAUUACGUUAUUUUUGGAUUACAACCUGGAAUCGUUCCACCCCUGGUUCGAACGACUCCUUCGAAGAAGAAAGAAAAGUUUGUGUUGACGGCGGCUGUUUUCCAGACGGUGUGGCGAUCUUCCAUGGAAAUGUCACCAUCGCUCCGCACUGAAUCAACCGAGGAUGUGGCUUUCAAUAUGAGAAGGAGAAUUGACGAACGUACUGGGCUUUCAAAUCGCUCGAGUGCUUUGUAUAUAUGCUAUGUGGAUGAGUUCUCAUCAAAUGGAGCUUGCACAACAGAACCAGAGAACCCGUCCGCAAAUAGCGCCUCCUAACUGGCGAUAGACCUGAUGCUGACGCCGCUGCAAUCUGCACAGCUUGCUAAUGGGAAGCCAAUGGUACAUAAUGUGGUAAUGCUGCCGCAGGAUAAAUAUAGAUGGCGAACGUGCACAACUCCUGUUGCGUGUCAUACCGAAUGCUGUGAUCGCUUGGUGUUAAUUCAGGGGUAGCAUAGCUUUUUGGACGAAUGAAUCUGACGAUCCUAGAGGCUGUGCACAACCAGCCCCCCCCCUCACGAAAGCUCAUGCCAUAUAAGUAGGGAGGACC